AAACUGCAUUUCUGAACCUUGUGAUGAGCUUGCAAAGAAAAAGCGGGUGAAGCUUAAUGACAGAGCUCAGUAGCUGGCCAUGGCGCUCCUCAAGAUCAUCGUCCCUCUCCUGAUUGGGCUCGGCGCUUACUAUUACUACCCGCAGGAAACUUUCUCUGCAGAGAUGGUGCGAGGAAUGCGCGUGUUGGUGACGGGUUCGAGUUCGGGCAUCGGGGAGCAAAUGGCCUACGAGUUUGCACGGAUGGGCGCCCACCUGAUGCUGACCGCCAGGAGGGAGGAGCAACUGCGGAAGGUGGUGAAGAAGUGCCAAGACCUGGGCGCCAGUUCUGCCCACUACGUGGUUGCAGACAUGGGCAACCUGACCGCUGCCCAGGAGGUGGUGGAAGAAACUAAGGCCAAGUUGGGAGGUCUCGACCAACUAGUUCUGAACCACGUUGGAGGCACCUCCUUUGGUCCAUUCAAAGGAGCCAUUGAGCCUGUGAUCAAGUCGAUGACUGUGAACUUCUUCAGCUACGUCCAGUUGACCAUUUCUGCCAUGGAUCUACUGCUGGAAUCUAAGGGGAACAUCGUAGUCAUCUCCUCCAUGAGUGGACGUGUUCCGGGCCCCUUCAGCGUCUCCUAUGCAGCAGCCAAGUUCGCCGUGGAAGGAUUCUUCACCUCGCUACGUACCGAGCUGCGCCUGCGGAACAUGGACCUGCCCAUCACUGUGGCUGUGCUGGGCUACAUCGACACCGAAACGGCCGUGAAGUCCGUGGGAAACAAAAUCACCCAGAGGCCGAGCCCUAAAGAAGAUUGUGCCCGGCGGAUUGUGAGGGGUGGAGUGUUGCGUUACCGCGAGGUCUUCUAUCCUUACUGGGCCCUGAAGCCCACCCUGAUCUACAGAGAGCUGCUGCCAGACCUCAUGGACCAAGUCAUAGGCUACGGCUACAGACUGGAGAACAUCCUCUAAAACUCAAAGGAUUACCCAGCAUCGCCAUCCAUGUCUCCCAAUGAUCGGGACUGCUCGCUAGUUACACCCACAGCGUUUGCGGCAAAUGCUGUGGGUGCUUCCCACCCCUGUAGGAAGGAGAGCCAUGGAUAAAAUGGCGCCAUUUCCUCCUUCUUUCCUCAGCUCACCUUUACUCUGGUGCAGGAUUUGGAGUCCUGGCCUGUUAUCCAGAUGCAGCUGUUGCAUUGUGUAAAACCCAACAGCAAAUCAAACAGCUUCUCAGGUGCCCAAUUUUUCAAGCCCUGUUGGGGAACCUGGAACUAAAUACUUACUGAACCUAAAAACUGUGAUCAUUGCAGAAAUAAGUAUAGUAUGUAUAUUACAUACCCGUAGUAUGUAUUUAGUAAAAAAAGUCACACCACAGUGGAAAUAGUGCAACAUCCUGUUAGUAACUUGGAUUAAACAGGGGAAAGGAAAACAA